UGACCAUCGUGUGUCUCCAGUCAUCGGGUAAAAUAUGGCAAGGUUUAUCCAUAGAGAGGAAUCUGAGAUCACCAUGGACUAUGUGAAUCUACCUGAGCCGACAGCCGGGAGUAACGCCCUGGAGAGCGGAUCUGGUGAAGACGCUGGGCUGACUCAUGAAGUGUCCGGGAGAACACUCAGACUGGUUGCUAUGAGCUUUGGACUCCUGUGUAUCCUACAAGUUGCUCUCAACAUUUCCCUGCACUUCACUCUCUACAGUAAGACAUCAGAUAUAGAUGUCAGUUGCACAAACCUGACUUACGAGACUGAAAAGCUGAAGAAGGAACUGAUUAACUUUGAUCACUUUUUCCAACAAGGCUGGGUGUAUAUCCGUCCCAGUUUCUAUUACAUUUCUUCUGUCAGGAAAACGUGGCUAGAAAGCAGAGCUGACUGUCUGCAGAGAGGUGCGGACCUCAUGAUCAUCAACAGCAAAGCAGAGCAGGAUUUCAUAACAAAAUUCAACAGACUCACAUGGAUUGGACUGACGGACGUAAAAACGGAAGAUACUUGGAAGUGGGUGGAUGGCACUCCACUCCACAAAAGCUACUGGGGACCCGGGGAGCCGAACAGCUUUGAAGGCAAUGUGGAGGACUGUGUAGAAAUAAGGUUUUUUGACCUGGAGAACAGCUGGAAUGAUAUUCAAUGUGGAGAUCAAAACUUCUGGAUCUGUGAAAAGAUGUUGGCUAUAUAACGCAACAUAAUAAUGAAAUGAACUCCACUUCAAAAACAGACAAGGAGGCACGUGCGCAGAUACAGAUAGGGAAGCAAACCAGAUUUAAAGUCUUUAGGAAUAUCUGAUUUGUGGCUUUGUUUAAUAAGGAAGGAAAUGUUUUGAGCUCGUUUGACCUCAACAGCACUCUCAGUGCAUGUAAAUGUCAGUUUGUUUAAAAUACAUGUAUUACACUGGCUUAUUUGUAUUUAUACCUUUACUGAAAGUGAAAGCAAUGGAAUAACCUAAGCUGUUUGAAUUAAGAUCAUUCCUAUUGAAUUAGAUGUAUGUUUAAAGUUUUGUUUCUGCAGAUGCUCUAAACCCCAUCUGAUAAUUCAAUGGAUGGUGGUUGCCAAUAUUUACAAAUAAUCAUGUGAUAAUAAUUGUAAUGUGUGUAAUGAUUGCAUGGCAUUAUGUCUGGGAAGGAGAAUAAAACUAAUACAGUUUUUUCUAUCCCCUGGAACAAUAAAUGAAUCAAUUAAAUGUUAAAAUGUCAAGUACUCGGUAUUGCAUUAAACAACACUUUACUGUA